CUUCAUGCAAACAUGCGCUAUGCAAGCUGGAAACAAGUAUCUAAAGAGGAGAAAGAGGAGCUAAUUGACCGUGUUCGAGUAUACAAGUUUUAUUUAUCUGUUUUGUCAGAUCCUUUUUUAGUAAAACUAUUAUUGCUGCAUGAUAUUUCACUAAUGCAUUGUUUCAUAGGCUGACUUUAUAUUAGAUUGGACACAAAGUUCCCAUCGUGAGUGUGUGACAAAUGCUCUCCAUCGAAAAUACAAUGCAUUCCACUACCUUCUACGCAAGCAAUACUUGGGCUAUUCAUCACAUGAAGCCGCACUUUCUGGCGGGACAACCUGGGUGGAGAAGCCCGUUUGGGAUUACUUAUGUGGAUUGUGGUCGGGUGAACCAUUUAUGAAAAUGUCACAGAGAAAUAGCACAAAUAGGAAAAAACAGCGAAUCAACCAUACAAGUGGCCGAAAGCCUUUCGUUAGGGUUAUGGAGGAAACUAAUGAACAAGCCCCGAACUUGGUAGCUUUUUACAAAGAAGUGCAUUGGUCAAAAAAGAAAGGUGGAUUUAUCACCAACACUGCAGAACAAAAUUAUAAUCUGAUGCUUGAGCGGAUGAAUGAGACUGAGUUGGAUGGGAACAUGGAUGAAACAGCUAAUGCAGUGUUCAAGGAGGUUUUAGGAUAUCGACCAGGUUAUGCAACGGGUCUAGGCCACUCUGUUAUACCUGAACCAUCUCCUUCAUUGCUGAACAAUAGGAAUUAUCAACGCGUUGUUGAGGAGAACGAGAAGAACAAGAAUGAAGCAAAUUUGUACAAGAACCAGUUAGAAGCACUGAGAUCUGAUUUACUGGAAUUCAAGAACCAAUUUAAAGACUAUGAGAAAGUGAUGAACACUCGGAUGUCUCGUUAUGAGUCUCGGAGGGAGUCUCAGCACGAGACUCCAAUUGAUGCCUAGUCAUCGCUAGUUUUCCAAAAUCAUCCCUGCUUUUGAAAUGUUUUUUGAACUGCUGUUGAGGGUUGAUCAGACAGUAGAUGGGGAUGAUUGUGGUGAGUUCCAACUUUUGUUGAGCAACUUAGGAUGUGGCUUGGAUUUUCAGUGAUAGGGAAGUCAUCUUCUACAUCCUUUGCAUAUUGACAGCAUUGUUUGACUCAAUUAGCAAAGGACUGAAAGGGACUACUGCUAGAGACAAAGGAUUGCUGCAUGCCCGAGACACUUCCAGAAAUGUUCAAAUACUUGCUUUUUGUGCCAAGACCACACCUGCUAUUGUCCACUAACUUAUCAAAGUAUAAGUCAGUCUCUCUUGAAUCUAGAUGUAUAAACUGCUUUCGAAAGUUGCCUAACUGUUGGAAAUUUCUGUUUUAGGAUGAUAUUUAUAUGGCUGAUAGAUCAGCUCUAUAUGGUUUAUGUGGAUCAUGUUUAAUGAUAGCAGAUGUAAUAUAUAAAAUGUGUGUAUCUGGAAGUACUUAAUGCAGAAAUUUG